UUUUCUACAACGUCAGACAUCGCCAGGUAAACCCCAGCAACACGUGCAAGUUACAAACAAUUCAUGAGGCUUUGGAAUUUUUUUCCCUGUCGGUAUGGUCUCGUAAAGAGCGUGUUGGCGCUGCUGAAUGGCGCAAACUGCUCGGGUCCAUGCCAGUAACAGCGAAGAAAGCGGUCGUCGCCUUCAACUUCCCAAUAAGGAGCCUGUAUCGAACACGGAACACACAAAUCAUCGUUUUAAAAUUCCUUUAGCGGGCAGAGAUUUCUUUUCUGACCCGUUCAUACGUGAGAAUGGUUCAAGUAGUGUAGUAGGCUCGAAAAAUCAGGGUAUUUUGAACGAGCUACAAGAUUAUAUUCAGAGUACAGAACAUCGGACUGUCAACAAUAAUAAGGGAAAUUCCUUGCCCAACAAAAUGGCGACGUCGAGUUCGAGUGCAACAAACCAACAAACGGCGAACGCGAAUGGGUUUCAAAUGUCUAUGAAUUCAUCUACGGGACCAGUAAACAAGUCAGGAGCUGCUAGUUUGGGAAUACCCGCCUCCGUUCAUCUAAACAAUCAACUUUCGACAAUUCUCGACCCAGGGAAUACCGACCCAGGAAGUUCGACGGCAAACACGGCCGUACCGUCUAGAAAUCUUACUCCAACGAACCCUAACCCCGCAAGUAUGAAACUUUUGGCGUCAAAUCAACCUGCUUUAUCACCACAAAACCAGUACGAUCAAUACAAUCCUCGACAGGAAAUGCUACUCCACGGAUCGUUUCGCGAAGUUCCCAUCGCACCUAGAGCGCCGAACGCAGCGGAACAAUAUGGCUCCCAACAAAGGUUUGCUUCUGCUCGUAGUGAAAAUCAACUAAAAAGGGGGUUAAAUCCCCAGACUUCUAGCCCGUUUCCGCCGGGUUAUUACAAUCAAGACUCAAUUUCGUCUCAGGCUGGGCAAAGAUCGUCUAACUCGCAACCAGAUGAAAGAAAUAUGAUUACAAACCAGCAUUUUCAGUGGCAAAGUCGGCUGCAGACGUCGAACCAUUGUUCGACAAAUUUACCAACAAAUACAUCUCCCGGCCCACCGAUGAGUCGAGCACAAUUGCAGGUAAGACCAUAUUAAAACCGUUGGGAGAUUGUUUAUAUUUUUUGGUAUCUCGGGCGUUGUUAGUUUCAUUUGCGGGGAGAUUGGAGGGUCACAACGGCUGCAGUGAGAAACAGACAUACGCUUAAAAUAUUUAUCGUCAGAAUAUUCAUAUCACAAUGGCGGACUCGAAUUUAGCGCGGGGCUGAUCGAGUUUCGGCAAUCCGGUAAAAACGAUGCAGAGCGGAUUACGUCCUUCUCUGAAACGGCAAGGUUUCGAUUCCUGAACCUACAAGUCCGGCGCGGUAAGUUAUUUUGUGUACAAUUUUGUAGACAAUUUUAAACCAGGAUCACCACCUGUGAAAUUCAUAUGUCUGUUUGUAUGAUUGGCUCUGCUAGUGUCAAUUUAUAAAUAAUUGCGGGUACUUUUGAGACGUUGUAAGUCAUUGGUCUCAGAGGGAUUAAACCUUGAUCAUUUUAUUGACCUUUCUUUUGUAAAAAAAUGUAAGGGUUAGACAUUUCUUUGUUAUAUUGGUCCACUAUAUUUUUGUUACAGUAAGCUUGUCUUCACCUUAUUAACUUGAAUUAAACUGCUUAGAAGUAAAUUAGGUUGUUUCAACUUUUUCAAUUGUGACAGUCGUUCUGAAGCAGGUUUUGUUUCACUUUGACAUGUUGCAUAUGAUUAGUUGGGAAUGGAUUGUACAGUACCUUCAAAACUCACAAAGGUUCCAACUAUUUCGAUAGUAAUAGCCCUAAAAUGUGUACUCCAUCAUUUUUUAAAGUCAUCUGAUCUUAUGAUUUUACUAGUACAUUGAUAAUAUAACCUUGAUGAUAAUAAUGAAACCAUUGACCCGGGUUAAUACUGGAACCAAAGGGAUAGAAUAAGUGUAAUGGACACCUUUUAUUGGUGCAAAGGUUGGAGUGUCAAACUUUGAAGUGACGCAAGGGUACUUAGUGUCUGUGGCUCACACAGGAUUGGAAAAGUCCUCUAAAACAUACCAGGCCCUUGAAAAGUCCUUGAGAAUUGAAUGAUCAGGAAAUGUCCUUAAAAAGGCCUUGAAUUUCCCUCAACAGUCCUUAAAUGUUAUUGAAACUUUGAAUACAAAUUCAGAUGUUGUUCAUCCUUUGCUCCCUUAAAUAGUUUUACACUGAAAAUAUUGUUUGCUUGGUGUUCCACACACAACAACACAAUUGUAUGAAAUAGUCUCUGUUUUGUUUUACUGUCAUUUUCUGUUUCUGGUCCAGCCAAACCAACUGAAUAUUAAGCAAAACCUUUGAAAGACUCUUGGCCAUCUCUUUUAUGGGAGCAGUGGAAGUAAAGGUUUGUUUUAAGUGAGCUUGUGAGAGAGGGAAUAUAAAUUCAUGAGUGUUUUGUUGAGACAAAGAACUGAAAAUUGAUCAUUAGGAAUGUGUGUGUAUUGAAAAGCAGGAUUCCACUGUAGUCUUUCUAUUUAACAGGUGAAAACUACCAGUUAACAAAUAGAUUGCAAGUGACUUUUGAACAGAUAAAUAGAUUUUUUAAACUGUUGAACCUCUUCUCAUAAGAUACAGAUGAUUUCCUUAAUUGCUCGUAAAACAGAUUGGCUUAACAAUGUAAACAACUUUACCAGUAAUUAUUGAAGUUCCAAACAUUUUCUGAAGUUAAUUAUAUCUGUAUCUUGUAAUGCUUAUGGUGUUUACAAAUAUGGAUAUAUAUUGUUAGGCAUUCUUAAAUGCUUAUCGAACAAGCAAAUAUUUUUGUGCACAUGCUUGACCCAAAAUGACAAUUUGUGGAUGAAUACAUGAACUUGUACUUCAUAAAGAAAAAACAAAGGUAAUCAACAUGGAGGAGGUUUGGAAAAAUAAUGGGUGUCAUCAGUUUAGACAGUUGCACACAAAACAAACUGACACCUACCUUAUGCAGGCCAAAGAGAUCUUUUAGGACCAUACCUAAAUUAACAUAAUCUCGUUAAACAGGCAGUAGAAAAGAGCAAAAACAUUGUUAAGUUCACCAAAAACUUCCCAUGAAAUCUUGUCCCACAACUCAUCACAGGGUUUGUUUAGAGUCCUUAAUUCAUAAAAAAAGUAUUAAAAUUUGCUAACCAGUUUUCCAAACCUGCAAAAAGUUCGGAACAGUUUGUAAAAAGUAUGGUCUUUGGUGUUUUGAAGCUGCAACAAGUGCCUAGGGACUUUUUUUAUAGUGGUAAAAUCUUAUUUCGUCUCAUCUGUAGCAAAAACAUUCAAAUGCAUUUUGAGAAGUUUCUCAUUUUUCUAAAGUCCAAAUUGUGCUGUGGUUACUAUACAUUUGCAUCAAUGGAAAAUUUUGAUUCCUUCCUUUUUUGAGGUUUCUAUGGACUACUUAUUUGACAACUUUGAGUCUGGAUAAAGAAAUACCUGUGGUAAAAGUAUUUUAUUUUUACAUCCAAAGAUCUAUUGUACCCCUGAUACCCACAAAAUAGUUUCACAAUCCUUAAUUUUUCUUGGAAACUUUUCCCACCAUAAUUAAGUGUAGUAAAAGCCCAGGUAAAGAGAAACAUUGGGGGAAGAACAGGGAAAGAAGCAGAAGAAAUAGAGAGAAAAAGGUAAACAUUGAGAGGGCAGUGUUGUUUUAAGCCCACCUGCAUAUGCCCAAACUUUAGAAGCUCUAUUUUUGUUCCAGGGACAAGUUGCAACUUGUAAAUGAUGUUUGUUAUUGUCACAUUUAUGCUGGAUUGUUUCCUCCUUUCAUCUUCAAUGUAACAACAACUUCAAGAAAUGCCUUCUGAUAAGAUUUUUAAGACACAUGGCUUUAUUGUAGAUAUAAGAGAAUUUCUGUAGCUUACAACAAAUUGACAGCAUAAAAUUUACAUUGGCAUGUCAAAUGGUUGCUAUGAAAUUGCAGCUCUUAUAAAGAAGUGAAUAACCACAAAAGUGUUAUUGUUUUGAUCAUCCUUGCUAAGUGUAAUAGUAUUUUACCAAACAAAAAAGUGUAGUAAGAAUUAAUAAAGCUAGGUGCCUAAUAUCCCAGGUCCACUGAAAUUCCUUUCAUCCAGUCAUAUUAUGUGGCCCAAUAUAAGUUAUAUCAAGUCACAUUGAAGUAUCGUGGAGAGAUUCAUUUUGUGAAGUCCUGAUGAUAAGGGCUCUGUGAUUGAUUACUCCAAAGAACUAAAGGGAACUGCAUUUAGUUUGUCAUACAAACCAUGGCUCUAUUGGCAAGUUCCCCGUUGAGAGUUUGUCACUGAUAUUCCUGUAGCUAUUUUGUCACAAAAAUUUGACUCUAUAUCUUUCUGAUUGGUAUCUCAUCUGAUUUGCCUGUUCAGUGAUAACACAACCAGAUUCAAUUACAUCGACGUUUAACUUUCUCUGAUUCAUUUGGAUAAAUUCAUUUCAUACUUAUUGUGAGAGUGUUGGCCAGAAAUGUAUUUUCGUAAGAAGGAUAUAGGUGUUACACUUAGAUCCAAUAGAGAGUAAAAAGAAAUUACCAUAUGAAGUUCCUUGUGGAAACAUACAACUUAGCAAAGUUCUGAAUCUCACUCAAAGCUGUUAUGUUAGUUAACCAUGAUUAGAAAACAACACACUGUCCCUACACCUUUUUUGCUGUGGUUUACAUAACAGUUUCUCAUUGCCAAAAAGAAAAUUUCAUGCAUCUAAGUAUCUUCUUUUUGUAUUUACUGUUGAUAUGGCAAAGGUGUAAAAAUGCUGAUUAACAACGUACAGAAAUUCCUUUGUUUUACUGAUACCAGGGAAACAAUAUCAUGAAUUCAGUCACACAUCCCAGUCCUCUUCUGGUCAUCAAAUUGUAUGAUUUAACUUGGUACUGACUGAUAACAUCACACUCUUCUUUUUGGCAUGUCAGGGACAGAAAGCAUCCCUAGCUUGUUAAACUCUGUUGUCCUUUUGAGUAAUGAAUCAGUCUUGUUUUUGCUGUUGUGUAAUUUGUGCUAUAAUUUAUAGCAGUGGAAAUUUUCCUGCCUUGGAUUGUUUGUUUGUGUAAAAGAAUGUUCAUAGUUUCACAGACAAAUUUUUAGCCUUUACAGUAUUUCCAAUAUAAUGGCAGUUUUUCUGCCAGAAUUUUGUACAACUUGGGCUUUGUUGAAUUUGCGAAACAUUUUCACUGCUUUUUCUGUCAGUCUUACCCAGAAUUUCAGCCAUCCCCUCAAGUCGCAUACACUUGAAAGGGAUGUCUUAAUCAACAAGCUGCUAAUUCCAUCGAGUGACGUCACUUCUCCACUGCUUUAAUUCAUGUAAACAUGAUUUUCACCUGGCAAACAAUGAUCUAGAUGUUACAUAUGGUCUACAUUGUUUUUAUAGUACAGUUUAACCUGCAUUAAACAGCCAGCCUCGGAGAACCGGCAAAUGGCUGUUUAAUGGAGGUUGGCCAUUCAAUUGAGGUUUGUCAUAAAUUAGCAUAAUCUUAAGCAGAAACAUCACUUUAUUUUGAAACAAACCCGUGACAGGAGCAGCGUUACUUGUUCAAAAUCAGUCAUCACCUUCUUUCUCGCAUUGUAUUUUCCUUCAUCAAUACCUUGAAAUUAAGUCAAACUAAGUGUAUCUAGGGCUUGAUGGCCACUUAAUAGAGGUGACCACAAUGGGUGAACUCUUGUUGGGGCAGCCAAAAGGUGGCAGCAGCAGCUGAACAGUGGUGACUGCAAUUAUUAUUUCAAGACUUUGGUUACUGGCCGCUUAAUAGAGGGAGGUUCAACUGUAUUUGAGUUAGUCCCAGGAGUAAAAACAAUAAUAGUAGUUUGCUGAGAUACACCUGUGCAUAAAUCUGUUAUUCACCUGUUUUUAUUUUGACUUAACUUUUGAGCCACUAUAUACAGGAAAUAUAACCUUAAUGCAGCCUUUUUACCAUCUUUGGUUAUAUUUGCAACACAACAGAAUAAGUUGCAGUGGGUCUACUUUAUUCAGGGUCCCUUAGACAGGAUUUACAACUGUAACUAAUUACAUUUUUAGAGGCAAACAGUGAGUCCUAGCCAAAGUUAUUUGGGCCAAUCGUAUGAAAAUGAACAGUUUUUAGUGCAAAAUUCACACUCUGGUAUGACAGGUUAAAAAAUUGGCAGAUCUACUAGGAAAAUGUACAAAAGGUAGAAACACAAAUUAAUUGUUCAAAGCAACUUUGACAUCCCUUAUUGCAGUUAACUAUUGUUAGUAGUAGUUUUAUGUAAGGCUUUUUUGUAAAUGUUAAUGCGUGGAUUGCUGUGUUCCAUCAAAGAGGUUAUUUGGAUUUCCACACUAAAUCAAGCAGCCACUAAUCUAGUAUAUUCUUUAAUAUGUUCAUGUUGAUAUAUAUUAAUUUUCAUAUAAACUCCUCACAAGUAUCCAUAUUCCACUCUUCCAGUCCUUUAUAUCUCUGUAAUUUUGCUAAAAGGUGCCCACUAAGUUUUUUCUUGAACAUGGGCAUCCUCGUGUUCAAGGCAGUGUAGCCAGAAAAAAACAAAAAACAGGGGGCUUGGCAUCUUGGUAGGUGUCAGCAGAGAGCUCAGGCCCAGACCUAACUGUGGGUGGUUGGCUUCCUUUUUUUGCAUGUCAAAAGUAGGGGGGUAGGGAGCGGAAAUCUUGUCACUUUGAUUAGAGUUUCAAGUCAGAAAGCAAGGCAAAAUCAAGGAAUUUUUCCUGUGUGAUAGCCCAGCCAAAUCAAUGCUCUGACUCAUAAUCAUAAUGCUACUAGCAGAGCUUGGGGGAAUGACUGACUGACUAGUCAUAGGUGGGGAGGGUGAGUUCUUACUCCUUGGACUUGGCUUUCUAGAGACUUAUCAAAUCCGACAGAUAUAUACUAAUAUAUUAACUAUUAUUAACAUUUUAUGUUCGUAAUAUGUUUUUUCUUUAUCGUUUGCUUAUGAAUUAUCAGUCAAUGUUAGUAAAGAAAAUAAUUCCAUAACCAUCAGGUUUGCAGUCAGACAGCCUGUAGCCACCACUGGCUCCCUGCAAAAUGACGUCUGAAAAACGAGCGUAGAAACUGAAUACUGAUGAUGUGUCAGCCACUACCUAUAUCUGGGUAGUGCCCCUGAUUAGUUGAUAUUUUGCUUCGAUAACUUGUGUGUGUGUGUGUGUGUGCACUUCCCAUGAAGUAUCCUAUGUUAAUUGCUACAGCAAAAGGAAAAUAAUAUGACAUUGACCAAGUCAAAAAUCUACAGCAAUUGCUCUUUAAAAUUCAAAAUCCUACAAGCAUCACCAUUAUAAACCUGGUCUAGGCCCUCAAUGAUGAAAAUUUUUUAGAGCGGCAUACAACAAAAUUCAAAGAAACCUUCAAAGCCUACUUUUCUUGCUACAAACAAAUGGCAUUUAACAUAGGUACGAGGUAUACAAACUAUCUACAAUCGUUGGAAUACAUAAAUGUAUUUUUGUUUUGAUUGUGAUCUAAACAGCAAGUUGUGAUAAAUCAUUGACCUUGAAGGCAAAUAGAUAAAAACAUUAUCUUCAUCACUAGUAUGACUCACUCCAUCGUCAUAAGACACAACCUAACAAAUAGAAGGCAACAUUUGUAGACAUCCAUCAUUCCUCAAUAUCCCUGUACUAUUUGAGCUCCAAAACAGCUGAGAUGUAAGUGUUAAGAACGACCCUUGCUACACAAAUUUAUUCAUGACUGUACGUUUCCCUAGGACCUUACUGGGCUUUUCAAAAACUCUGAAGUUCAAAAGCCACCUUCACAAUCAUUUUUCACUGCCACCAAUCCUAAUUACGAUCACAAGCAACAAACCUUCAAACAAAUAAGCACACAAAAUGGAUCAAAAUCCACCAAUCACAAACCAUGACCUUUUGAACUUGCUGAAGUAAACUUCCUUUCCUAAGAGGUUUGCUAAAGAUGAUUGACGGAAGCAAAAAAAGGAAACAUUAGUUGGCUUUUGAACUUCAAAAAUCACACGUUUUGAAAAGCACAGUAAAGGAACCAAUUUAUUUGAUAACCAAACAUUAUCACAGUUUCAUUGCUUUAAUCGUUUUAUUUGCAGCAGCCAGGGAUUCCACAACAGCAGAUGCCUUACAUGAUGCUCGGCAACUCACACCAACAACAACAACAGUCACAUCAAGCCUCUUCGCAGCAACCAUAUGCAGCAUACAUAAUGCAGCAGCAGGGUGGUAUGAAAGCAGGGAGCAUGUCACAAGCACAGCCAUACUAUGGAAAUAUGAGCAUGAGUGGUCGGCAAGUUAUGGGGCAGACAAGUCUUCCAACACAGGGUCAGCAAAUGGGAAGCCAAAUACAGAAGCCUUCUCCCGAUUAUACCAGCUUUCAGCAGCAACAACAGAUGCAGCAUAGAUAUCCUCAGGUACAGUACGAGACAUCUGUCCUGGUGCUGUAAACACUUGGGUACUGCACAUGCUUUGAUGUCGUUCUGUUCAAUUUAUUUUUAGUGCAAAGGUAUUGUCAUGUUAAGGUCUUUAGGGAUUUAAGUAUCAGCUGUUUUUGUACAGUCAAAAUACUCAGCUAGUUUAAUAAACAUUGAAUAAUAUUUUUCACAAUUACGGGGCCAUUUUUCAGUUUUUUUAUAAACUAUGAGAGCACAGACCAUAGAAAUGAUGUGAUGCUUUUCUCUUUCGCUCCUACAUGCCAUUGUCCAAGAAACUUCACUGAGAGCUGGAUGUCAAGAACUCUCAAUGUUAUUGUAAAAAAACAACUCAACAGCAAUUUUCCAUGGUUUAUACAGGGCUUCUGAUAUUUUGCGUGGUAGUGGACCCGCGAAAUUCAGGUAUUUCCGCGAAAUUCAAACGUCCAAAUUUAUCUUGAAACUUCAUCACUGCAACGAGUAAACAACGUCCCAAAACUACCAGGCGUUCUUAGACUAAUGUUGUGAAAAACUGGGCACUAACCAUUAAGCAUUCGCUCAUUUCUCGAGCAAACUGUUGUUGAAAGAGCAAAUGUUUAUCCCUGUUAAAAAAACAAGGUUAAAUAACGCUGGUCAUAUCGACGCAAAAUUGAUCGAUUUUAGCGAAAUUUGACAAAAAAAAUCUAGCGAAAUCGGCUGUUUUUUACCGAUUGUUUCUUGGCGAAGUUUCCCCUCGAAAUUUCCCGUCAAAUCGGCCAAUUUUUCUAAGAAUUUGCCCCUGAAAAUCCUUCGAAAUUUGACUCUUUUCCACUAAAAUCCCGAGAAAUCGGCCGAUUUUUCUCUGAAUUUUGACUUUUCUCCCGCGAAAUCAGCCGAUUUUUCCACGAAUUUGCCCCUGAAAACCCCGCGAAAUUUUGCUUUUUUUUCCGCAAAAUAUCAGAAGCCCUACCCUUUUCAACCACGGAAGUGACAUCAAAAUGUUCAAAAUAUGAGAGGAACCACAAGCCACAUCACUUCUAUGGUCUAUAGGAGUAUGGACCAUGGAAAGUUGUUCUUGAUUUGUUAGAUUUAGGAAUGACUGUCAGGGCAGCUGCAGGAUAAAUCAUGCAUGUCCUUGCAAUCCUUUUUUGUGGUUACUGGCUUUUAGCCAGUAAGGCACUAUGUCAGAGUCUUUGUUAGUGUGUCGGUAUGUCCAUCCGUAAGGUCAUUUCUCUUGUUCUUGUAGCACAUGGCAUUAAUAGACUCUUUUGUAAGUACAUUUAUCAUUUGAAAAAUAAUUGGAUUGAAAGAAAAAUAUAUAUAUAUAAAAGUACAUGAUAUGUCAAGAUUAAAAUGCUAAGAAGUAGUGACAGUUUUGCUCAUAAAAUGUCAAGAAAACGGGAAUAAUAACUAGUAAGUGCGCUAUUUUAAAUGACUUCACAACCUGCAAAUUCAGACCGACAACACAUGUUUUUAAAAAAGCCUCUGCAUAUUAGAAGUUCCUACACAACAUGACUGCCAUGAUGAAUGGCUUUGUUGUGCAAGCUCAUAGUUUUUGAUGGACAUUUGGUUCUCGUGAAACCGCUGACUGAACGUAGUUGAUCAUAGUUGGUGCAUUUGUCCUCUUUUGGUUUAGACUAUUCAUUGCCAUGAAGCACAUGUCCUCUCAGCGGAAUAUUUUGUAGGGGGAAAAGUGCGGAAUUGGUGCAACAGCGUGGCAUGGCUCUAACCCUAACCCUUACUCUUUUUUUGUCAAAUUUUAGCCUCAGUUCCCCCAACAAAUGCCUUACUUGGCUCAACAGCAACAAAGACAACAACAGCAGACAUACCCUCAGCCGCCUACUGCAAUGCCGCGAUUGCCAUCGUCUCAUCCACAACCCAUCCUUCCCAAACCAGCUUCAGCUGAAAUGUUUGGUGCCUCUACCAGCCUGAGGUACGCCAGUAACAAUGGAGGUGAUAGUCUAGCAGGUCAGGAUUUUGUGUCAAACAGGAUGACAGAUCAACAACAGCUUGCAAUGCCUUCUGCACCAGCGUCAUAUGGAAACCCACCCAUGGGACGGAUGAGCUCCUCUUCAGAAAUGAUGGCCAAGUAUGGAGGAAGCAGCCAGGGUGGAUACCAGCGAGGGAACCCUCCACCAUUUCCUGGGUCUCUCCACUCACGGCACUCACCUUCUCCCAACAUCACCUUGGGCUCACCAUUGAGGAGUGUUCCUGAUGGUCAGUAAGAAAUUUGAAAAUGUCAUUAACCCUUUAUUAAGUCCUAGUAGUGAGCAAGAUCAAUUUUCUCCUGACAAAAUCCAUACCCUGUCAAGAGAUAAGUUAUGAGAAUUAAUAAAAUGAUCACCUUAGAGAAAAUGCCUUGAUUUAUUAUCAAUUUUCUCAACUAAUUCUUUAUGGAAAUGUAUGGAGAUCAGUACGGAGAAUUUGUAUGUAAAUAUUGAAGCUUUAAGGGUUAACAGGUUUUAAAAAACCAGCUGGUAAAAGAGGCAACCAAUUGGCUUUUUACAAGCACAGCCAAGGAUUUGAACUUUAAGUGACCAAGAAACAAAUCCAGCUGGUGGUCAGAGUGUGACUCCAACCUUGGUCUGCUUGGAUUACGAGUCUGACAUGCUGACCACUUGAUCAGUCUGCCUGUUAGGGUACAUCUUAAACCUUAAUUAACCCUUGAGGUCCCAAGAGUGACCAAAAUCAGUUUUCUCCAAGGGCCUGUUAACAUGGAGGCGGAGGACCCCAGAGAGGUAAAGUAACACGUGGCAGGUCACCCCCACCUACACUGUAUCAUGUAAAUGUAAUCAAAUUAAAAUGAGAGAUUAUAUGGACAGGCAGUUUACCUCACCUAUCUGGGGCCGCCCACCUCCAUGUAAACAGGCCCUAAGACAGCUCUGAUACAGCCCCCCUGUGUAAGAAAUUUGUAUGUGGAUUUUUGAUCGUUCAGGGUUAAUACGUAGUGAUAGAAAGGUAAACAAACACAAAAGAGGUUUUCAGCCUUCUUAAACCUUACCUAUCAUAGACUGCUUUUCAACAUUUUAAGAUGUUCCCUUAUCUAGGGACACCACCCUCAGUUGGUAUGGCCAAUUUUGGUACAGACAGCCCAGCUACAUCAGGCAGCAUGUCAAACUACCCUCCUGGGAAGCUGCCUACACCAUUUGGAAUGGGAUCUUCCCAAAUGUCCGGAUCAGGAGUAUCUAGUGGCCACCUCCCAUCUUCCAGUGUAGGAAGCUUGCACUUCUCCACUGCUGGAUCGAGUGUUGGUGGACCAGCUGCCGCAGCUGCUGCAGCAGCUGUGCUUGAGGCAGCCAAUUCUGGAGCAAGAUAUCCCAAUGCUGGUCCAGCUCCAGGGCAGCCGUAUAUGAGUUCACAAGAGAUAAUGCUAGGUAAUAAGGAUCUGACAGAGGUCUCUGUGUUGGGGGAGGGGGGGUAGUAGUAAGAGCAGUUAGGGUGUAGAGAUACAGUCAACUAUCUCUAAGGUGGACACCUUCAGGACCAGCCCUGACUGUCUGGCUUACAGAGAGUCAAGGUAAUGUGACACCAGUAAUUUUAAGAAACUAAAGCUAAACCCAUUCGCAAUAAAUACAUGUCUGUUAAACUUGUACAAAACAGCGAAAACUGGAACUCUGUAACAGAAAAGUGGAAUCACUUUCUCGUUGUAAAAUGAAACAUUCAUUACAAGCAAGUGUUCACAGCCGGCUUUGUGGUUUAAAUGCAUAAAAGUAUACACUCUGUGAAUUGGAGGAACACUACAAAAUCAAAAAAUUUGCAAUUUACUGUCAUGUGGAGCACCUACAUUUGUUUUGAGGUAUUUUUGCUGCAUAAACAACUUCCCAAUUGUCCAUUGACAGUUUCAAAAGUGUCACUUGACUGUCUGAGAGAGGUGUCCAUCUUGUAGAAAAAAAAACAGCUUGGACCAACACCGGGUGUCCGUCUUAGAGAGGUGUCCGUUAAGAGAGAGUUGACUGUAAAGUGAGUGUGUACACACACUCUUGACCAGUGUGAGCUUUCCACCUAACAGAGGUUUCUGGCUUUUGGAAGAGUCAUGAACAAUAUUUUCUCAUUUCAAAGUUGCAAGUAAGCCCCUUGAGCAUUUAUAUAAUGUUGAAAUAGGUUUAAGGUUUAGUAGAAAGAUAAAAUUAUGCUGUCUGGAAAGAUAAGUAGAAAAUGCUUGUGUUCUGUAGUUGCUGUUGGCAUUGGGUAACCAUCUUUUGUUUUGGGGCAACUAUGACAUCAUGCUCUAUUUCUGCAGUUCCUGUGCAGUUAAAAAUUAAUUUGAACUUUUCCACAGGGCGUGUACCUUCCCCAACAUUGAAUGAAUUACCCACUGCCGAAGAUGUGGAGGCAAUGAUUGAGUCUAUGAGAGCAGGGGAGACAUCCUUGUCAACUAACAAUGGCGAGGAGCAGCCUUCACGUGGUUCGGCCCCACCGCCACCGUCAGUGGCUACGGUGUCUGGUACAGUGGAGUCUUCACCUUCACAAGGUCCUCCUUCACUAGCACCUCAAGGAACUACUGUUAAUGGUAACAAGAUAUAAACUGCUUUUAUGUUACUCUGGUCGUUUCGCUGUUCUUCAAGAUUUAUUUAAUUCUCAGUGUCUCAGUAUUCUAACAGUUCUAGUUCAUGUGUCAUUCAGACUUCUACAUUUUGAGGAUUAAUAGUGUGAUUCACUGAAAAAGGUAAAAUGUCCUGAUAAGAAAUUUGCUCAAAGGAUGAAAAAACACUUGGAAAAAACUACUUACACGAGCGUGAAUUAUGUCCGGGUCUUUGUUUCUAAAUCUGAAUUCUUCUGUUCAUGUCCACUGCUAACUCAAAACUGAAUUUUAAAAACAUAGCGCUCGAAUGCAAAAUACCCUUAGGGAUUUAAGGGACAUGUUGAUAUCGCCAAUGGAUUUAAUUUAUAACAGCCGACAUUUCGUGACACCACCACUGGUUUCACCGCAAAAUAAAAGCUGAGGAACGAGUACAGAAAUUCCACUGAUGACAUGUUACUACCCAGAUCUGGGUAGUGCUUCUUAUUGGUUGUGCCGUGGGUGAAAUUUGCCAAUCCAGGUCUGGGUAGUGACACAUCAUCAGGAUGGAACCUCUGUGCUGGUUUUGUCAGACGUCAUUUUGCUGGGAAACAAGUGUUGACAGUACGAAAUGUCAGUUUUUCUCAGGCUACUUUUACGUCUGUAUGCAAGUCUUGAAUGUGUUGAUUCAUUUAUCAGUCCUUUGGAUUAAUUUAUGCAUUUUUGUUGAAUGGGGGUAGUUAAUAGGGUUUAUUAUUAGAUGGAAUGAACUCAAAAAGAUACCAUUUUGUAAUCUAAGAAUUGAAAUUCAUAAGCUUUCGCCCCCGUUGAAAUGUGUAAAUGUCAAUGAUUUCUUUUUCCUCAGCACAAGGAGAGGAAGAAAAUCUUAUUGCUUGAAUUGCAUUUUAGUCUGGUCUAACUUGUGUUAAAAAGUCAAUCUGUAUUAAGGUGGCUCCCUAGAGUAUUUACUAAUAAUCCGAGCUAUCAAGCACACGUUACAGAAGGAAAUCUAGUUACUUUGUCUUUGUGAUUCUGUUCACGAGAUUCACCGCUAAGGUUACCCAUAUAAGAAGGCUCCUUUAUCAAGUUUCAUUUUCUGGAGUGAGGCUGUUGCCAUGGAAACAUCGCAUCCUUAAACAGGCAGUAAUUUUGUCAUUUUUGCCCAUUUUUCCUUAAUAUUUCUAAUUUCCUGCAGUGAAAUGUCUUUAAACUUUGCCACUUUAUGCGAACAAUAUUGCUUAACAUUUUAAAGUGGAAAAAACAUGGGGUCGUUAAGACGGUUUUGCCAAUAUUUUGAAAUUUGUAAUUUUUCUUAAUAGAGGAGUUUAGCUCUUACAGAUUUUGACAAAAAAAUGACAGUACAAAGGUACUGCUACUGUUAAGAAAUGAGGCGAUUUUUAAAAAAAUUUACCGAAGGAAACGCGAGAAAUUCAUGGUUAAUUAACUGCGCUGACGUCACAAAAAUCCGAAAAACACGCGUGGUUCGGGGUCGUGUGAGGAAAAUACGCACGCAAGCCAUCACGCCCGCAUGCGCAUAAUGCACAAUGCUACUGAAAACAUGUGGUUUCUUUGAAGAGUACGAAAGCCAUUGUUUUGAAGCCGUUUAUUAGUAUUAUUACGGUGAUAUCUCGCCAGUUGAAAAGGAGAGAUAGCGGAUUCAAUUUUAUACCUAACACAGGAUGUUUUCUUCGAAGUACUUGACUGUUGUAGUUAAAAUUCGAACCUUGGUGGUCACUCGUGAGGAUGGCGAUCGUCGGAGAUGAAGACGGUGAUUGUGCAAGGAUCGCAAUAAGCUCUUCAUUUCCUAAUCUGCUGUACACUGUUUGCAGAUCUUCAAAUGUCAGCCCACUUUCGGAUACUUUUUUAACCUUGUUCUUCUGUAGGGAUAAUUUCGACGGCGAAGUUUUUCUUUAAAAGUCUGCUGUAAAAGAUGGCGCCGAUCUAUAAAUCGUACAUCAUGUCCUCAGCUACACGUACAAGACCGUAGGUCUCGACAGACAACUAUUACUUUCGUCAAGGGUCAAUCUGUGAGUAGAAAUUAUUUCUCGUUGUGCAAAAACAUUUUCUAGUGCAUCUUGCAUGUGCGUUGAAGGACGUUUGAAACAAGAAAAAAUACAAGGAUGUUGGUUCAUCGAUGGAAAGGUUCCUUCGAUUAGGUUGCAAGUUAAGUGGGAAACCUUUUUUCUGAAAAGUUUUUUAAACAAUGUGAUAGAGUCGGCAAGACAAAAAAAAAUUACACUCCCUGUAAUUUUGUCUUAAAGCCACUUCUAGAAUUACUUAAAUCAAAUCAAAUGUAAGAGAAAUAAAGUGACCGAGGAGUGAUGACAAUCUUCAGUGUUUGUUCGAGAAUUGGCUCGAUCUUUCAGAUCUUUCCACUGACCGUGAACCAAAGGCCAGAAACAGCAACAUUGCUUCCUUCUGGGUUAGUGUAGUUACUUCUUUGUUUUAUAUUAAGUAAAGUUUCCACUCACCAUUUACUUCGACUAUUUAACGUUUGUCUACUUUUGAAGUGAAAGAAUUGAUGUCUUUGGAAAAUUUCUGCUUUGUUUUUACAUACAAUUUACCCUUAUGGAGAUCGAUAGUGACUUGUAACCGGUGUAGCAUUGUCUCCUCUGAUAAUUGUUUGACCUACACUAAUCAAACUUUUUGCACAAUGAGCUUCAACAGAAAGUUAAUAAAGUUUUUUGGGUGGAAUACUUCGAAACUGAGAGGCCAUGUUUGUUUUAAUUUUUGUGUGGACGUCGUGCGGAUUUUAAAGCUCGCGCCAUACUAGUGUUCAGGCUGCACACAGCCAAUUUACUCUAGGGAGCCACCUUAAGCAAAUAGUUGGCCAUUCCCAAUGAGUGGUAAUUGAUGAUAGUUAAACACAGUAUUGAUUCCAUAUAUGUUUCUAUACCUACGUUGUAGCUACAGAUCAAAAUAGUAACAGCGAUACCAAACAGCUGAACAAUUCAACACUCAGCAUGCCCGGUGUGAGCAAAGAUGACAACCCUCAAUCUGCUCCUUCAUCACCUCUAUCUACGUUUUCUGGUCUUUCUCCUGGGGUUUCUCCAUCAGGCGUAUCCAUCACAUCAUCAUUUGGUGAUGCAGAAAUUGACCUGGAUGAAAUCAAUCCCUCACUUCCGAAUAAUCCCAUCUCUAUGGUAAGUUUCUAGAGUUAAUGUGGAUUCUUUGCAGAAGUUAAAUAAAAAGCUGUCAGUUAGAACCUGUUAGGCUAAAAUUUGCCAGUUAGGCCUCCUCUAUACAAGAGGAGGGGGCGAGGGUGGCGCAGUGGUGAGAGCACUUGCCUCCCACCGAUGUGGCCCGGUUCAAAUCCCGGCGUCGACACCAUACGUGGGUUGAGUUUGUUGUUGGUUCUCUCCCUUGCUCUAAGAGGUUUUUCUCCGGGUACUCUGGUUUUCCCGUCUCCUCAAAAACCAACACUUCCAAAUUCCAUUUCGAUCUGGAACGCACGGACACGUUUAAACAAAUUCACAUGAACUGUUAAGUGCUCCGUGGGUAAAAAAGCAAUUUACAAUUUUUUUUAUUUUUUACGGGUUUAGCCUAAAAUUUGAAACAGGUUCUUACUUUCUUAAACAUCUAAAAAAGUUAUGUACACUUGGGGAACAUUCAGGAUCCUCUUUGGAGAGAGAGGUGCCUUAUCACUCCAUCUGCAAUGUAAUGGCAUGCAGGUUUUAUAUAAGCAAUAAGCUGAGUACCAAUGAAUACUCUCAGAUAUGGUUACAUUGUAUAUUUUUGCUUCAAAAAAUAAGAACCUAAAUAGCCUAAAAUUGUGCUAAUUACCAUUUAUGUAUAAACCUGUCAAGGCUAACUUGGGAAAAUACAGGUUCUUACUCGCAGAUUUUUGUCUCAUGGGUGGAAAGUGACAAUGCAUGCACUUGCGGGAUUGUUUAGGUUGCUGCAAAAGCAAGGCUGACAUCCCUGAUCUUCUGAAAUUUUCACCACAUACAAAAACCAGGCUUUUAGCAAGUAUUGAAUUCAGCUUUCGUAUAAUGUGAAGAACUAUACAGAUCAAGGAGGCUGUCAUCAAGGUGAAGGCUUAGGUGGUGGUAACGGCACCCGAGAUCUGCAUAAUUCUUCACAUCAUACAAAAGCUGAAUUCAAUAAUUGUUUUAUUAUACAUUCUCAAACUCAUUAAUAAUUCAUUAAGAAAAUACAAAGGAAAUUAAUGUUUAAUGAGUGUUUGGAAAUCGGAUGAAACACUGCUUAGUAUUUGCAUCCUUAAUUUCUCCUACAAAAAUGAUUUUGUUUGAGAAGAAAUAUCAAACAUUCGACACAGUGUUUCAUCACCAGAUGAAACACCUCGAAGUUCGUCAAAAAUACUCCGCUGCGCGUUGUAUUUUCAACUCUCUUCUCGGUGUUUCAUCUGGUGAUGAAACACUGCAUCUCAUGUUUGAUAUAUUACUUCAAAAUAUUUCUAAGGUCUUAUCAAGAUAACCUCCACACAGUCUUUCCUGUAAACUCUAGCCUAUUUCGUGGCACAGUUCUAGGAUAUAAACAGGUGUUUUUAUGUUAAAGAUACUCUGUCCAUCGAACAAUGUUUUUUUUGUUUUUUUUGGGCUGUUGCAACUUCAGAUAGCCAUGUCGCUCUUGUACAUCUCCCAUAAUGCACCCUAUUUGCCCCCCAAAUUUUGCAUAACCUUUGUUUUUCAUUUCUGCUGGGUAUUACAGCUGUCCCAAGAGAAAUUGAAAACAAUGCUUAUGCAACAUUCGGGCGGCUAGCCUGCGAAAACAUCCAUUUCUCCUCGCUCUUCACCGCUGGGUACGUUUUGCGUGGAGGAACGUCUGUGACUCAGUGACAGAAAUUCCAUACUGAUGAUGUAAAAUCUGUCCAGAAUCCGGUCACAAGCGCUGAUUGGUUGGCAGAGUAGUUACAUUGUUUUAGUUAUUGUUUACAAAUGACAGACAAAAGACAAAAGGCCACAAAGGUCAAAUCUAAACGCAAAGAAUCUCUAUCAAAACAGUCAAUAUUUGUGGAAUAUAGUCUUCUCUAGAAGAAGCAUUUGAGUUUUGUUGGAGCGUGUUGGCAGAUGAACACAACACUUUUCCAAAAUCGACCUUAAGACACAUAAAAUUGGACAAAUUUAUAUUUGGAACCCCAUGACUACCGGAUUUAUUAUGUAAACAUUGAUUUGCAUCAUCAGUAUAGAAUUUCCUCCACGCGAAACAUCCCCAGUGGCGAAGAGCGAGGAGAAACAGAUGUUUUCGCAGGCUAUUGGGGGGCAAGUAAGGUGCAUUAUGGGAGAUGUGCAAGUGGCGUAUGAGUGCCAGUUUUUUAGUUUACAGGCCCCAGUUGUUCAAAAGUUGGAUAGCGCUAUCCACCGGAUAAAUCACUAUCCAAAGGAUAAGUGUUAGGGAAACCAAUUGCGCUAUCCAGUGGAUAGUGAUUUUUCCGGUGGAUUUUGAACAACUAGGGCCUGGUGGAUAAAUAGCUAGGCGGCCCGCCUGGAAAAGAUCCAUGGUCUUUUCCCCAUGCAGCCUUGUUUCCAGGCAAAUGUACUAUCGAUUAAUAUGCCAUUGAAUUUAUUGCUUGCAUCUUUAGGCCCCAGUUGUUCAAAAGUUGGAUAGCGCUAUCCACCGGAUAAAUCACUAUCCAAAGGAUAAGUGUUAGGGAAACCAAUUGCGCUAUCCAGUGGAUAGUGAUUUUUCCGGUGGAUUUUGAACAACUGGGGCCUGGUGGAUAAAUAGCUAGGCGGCCCGCCUGGAAAAGAUCCAUGGUCUUUUCCCCAUGCAGCCUUGUUUCCAGGCAAAUGUACUAUCGAUUAAUAUGCCAUUGAAUUUAUUGCUUGCAUCUUCCAAAUUUGGUCAACACCAGGAAAAAGACGAAAUUGAAAGAAUAGAGUAUUAUCACGUGACCUACAUAGGGAAAACAAAACCAUCAAGCAAAUAAGGUCUAUUCGAAUUUCACCUUCUGAAGAUUCCAGGUUAUCACUCUUCUCAAAAGUGAGCUGCUUUUAUAAUCACACUGAGCUUUUUGCUUGUCCUGUUUUAUAGUCUUCAUACCAGUUUCCUUCAUCGAAACAGAACCAGCAACAGUAUGACAAGGUAUGUGGUUCAUGUGCUAAUAAUUUUCUCUCAGGACUUUGAAAACUCUGAAAAUUCCCUCUCUUUGUUUGCCUAUUUCUUUUAUAAUUUCAUUGAGUGACGUUAAUAAAAAUAAUAAUUAUUUACCGUAUUUAUUCGAAUAAGCGCCGCAAUUGAGAGAAAGAAGCCGCGGCACUUAUGGGAGUAAAUACGUUAUUUCUUCUUAAGCGCUAUUUACAAGUGUAGAUCAAUUUUCAUAUUUUGUACUCGGGAAAAUUUCGUCCAUUUCAGUAUCUCAAUAUCUUGGACCUAUUUUAGACUUGAUCAACGUUAAAACAGGCAGAUGCCUGUGAAGGAAACAACGGAUACAAUAUUUUUGAGACUUUUUAUUUUUUCCUCAAUGAUAUUCCAAAUAGAAAUUUACCUAGUAUGUUUUUCCUACUCCCAGUUACAAUGUAACUCUUCCAUCCAAAGAUCAUUUUGCAUUGGAGAAACAUUUUUCGGGAGGGGAAGAAGGGUCAUUCUUGUUAGAAAACUCGGUAACUGCAGUUACUGAAUUCUGCCGAUUAGGAUCCUUUUUAAUGAAAAUAUCAUAGAGACUUGAAAAAACUCUUUACAUUUUUUAAUGUUGGUGAAUAAUUUUGCUUUUUCAGUUCUCCAAGCUAUAUGAACUUUCUGAUGAACCAGAAAGGAAGGAAUUCCUUGAUAAGUACCAGGAAUUCAUGAAUAGUCAAGGUAACUUGGAAAGAGAUCUUUAAAAAGCGUGGAGGAAAAUGUAUAGUUGAUGUCCUGGUUUGUCCGUCUAUACAGGAACAUCCUAGGAGGCCCAGGGGCGGUCAGUCGGGUCGGGAUAAACGGCGGCGAAAGUUUUCAAAAACGGGCGAGAGAGCCCCUGGGGUGCUGCUAUUAAAGAACCAGUUCCACGACUCAAUCGAGUGCUUGUCUCUGAUUGGGCACAAAAAUCGGAAGCCAGCAUCUAUCGCGCUGCUUUCGUGAUCUUCUUAUAGGAAGGAGUUAACUUGCAAACUCGACUUUUCGCCGUACCUGUCUGGCUCGUACAGGAGAGCUUUCAAAACUGGACAGAGACAAAACGAUUUCCUCUUAAUAUAACUCUACGUACCGAUUCAGGUCAUUAAAAGUUAAAACAUAUGCGCGCGAAAUCUUGUGCGUGACUGUUUACGCCUACUCGGCAUACUUGUCAGUCACGUGCAGGAGAAAAUUCUUUGCCCUAGUUUGUAGGUUUGUGCUUAAAUAUUUCUCUUCAGUGACACAAGAGGAUCGAACGAAACUGGUAGACUAAACUUGCGGAGUUGCAUGCACCAACCUAGAAGUACACUGGUGUUUAAGAAUACCUUCGAUCAGUCCACAGUCUGAUUUCUUCGGGUUGGUGCAUUUUUGAUUUAAUUAGAUUGCCAUUUAUUAUGCAUGCAAUAAUUUCCUACUUUUUCUCACCAAUAGUUAACAUGAAUAGAGUCGGAACAUUUAUGCAUAAUAAAUGUCUCGGUUUAUACGGAAAUCUUACCUUUCGUUUUGUUUUGCUGACAUGCUAAAUUAUGGGAUAUCUUUGAUUUUGUGCCCCCAUUUUCUUUGAAAACUCUUCUGGAAGAAAGCUCUUCUGCACAACCCAGACAUGUACGGCGAUCUUCGGCGAACAGUCAACUUUGCAGGUAAACUCCUUCGUAUAAGAAGUUCACGACAGUGGCGCGAUAGAUGCUUGUCCUUGAUUUGGCACAAAAAAUCAAGCAGAGUCAAGCAUUCGAAUGAGUCGUGGAACUGGUUUUUUAAGAGUAGCAUGCCAGGGGCUCUCUCAACCGUCCUUGAAAACGUUCGCCCCCGUUUUUCCCAGCCCGACUGACUUCCUUUGGGUCUCCGAAGAUAUAACGGGAAUAGCCAGCAUAGGAAAGAAAGCGGGUUUUUUUACUGUGGGCUAGCCAGUAACUUAAACAUUUCAUCCGCAGAUUUACAGUGAUAUCUGGGCAUUCAGCCAAGUGUUUGAAGUGUUUUCUACAAAUUUUUGACAACUCUAAUGGAAUUUUUUUAUGAUGCAGUAUCAAUCAAAGAGUCCCGCGAUGCGAUUUUCACGUUACUCUUCUUUUUGAAAGAUUUUCAAUUUAGCUCUUGGAGUUGUACGACCCCGACUUCAAACAUCUCGGAUUUGGAUUGGUUCUGCAUUAUGUGAAAUCCAAGUUUUUUAGAGUACUUGUUAAAUAGAUGUCGAAAAUCUCGUUCAUCACUGUGAAUGUUAGUACUUUCUUCUGCGGUAUGACAAGAAAAGUUGAUUGUUUUGCUUUUGUGUUGUGUUCAGUGAAAAUCUCGAUUGCAUGGGAAAUAUUUUUCAACUAUUUUUUGUUUUUAUAGGCACGCAGAUUAGCCAAGUUCCUGUGGUGGCAAGGCAACCUCUUGAUCUCUUCAAGUUUUUCACUGUAGUCCGAGAUAGAGGCGGUUUACAAGAAGUGAGUUUAUUUAAUAAAAACUCACCCCGCUGCGGCUAGCUACCUGUUUCAGGCCCUUUCAACCAGCUGCACGUCUUCACGAAGUUUUUCCGCGUUUCCUUUCCCGCGCUUGCGACUAGUAACAAGUUGUCCGCGUUAGGUACAGGCAAAAUGUUUUCCCGCGCUUGGGACGACUUGGACUGCCAGACUGGUUACAUAUUUUCCCUCCUUGCGGACUGGUUACGUGGGGUGCUUACCAUGUACACAAACUACCUGGGUGGACAUUUGACGUGUUGGGAGAAGAACCCGUAACAAAGUAUAUCCAAAUCAGCUGUACAAACUAAAAAAAGUGGAAAAAUUGAAUCGCUUCAAAUCACAACCCGUAUUUUUCUGAAGCUUCCCAAAUGGAAUAUUCUCCCACGGAGACGUUCUUAGGGGUUCGUCACGCGCUCCUGAAUGCGUUCCUUGUGGGGCAGAAACGCGUGACGAACCCGUAAGAGAGUCUGCGUGGGAGGCUACAAACCGAAUGGCACUAAUCAUUCAAUUUUUUAACCGGAAUUUCCGGUUUUUGCAUGUAAAUGGGAAGUACCCAUGUUUUCCCGCGCGACGCUGGGACUGGUUACAAGUUUUCCCGCCUUGGACUUGUGAGUGGUGACGUCUUUCCCUCGCUGGGGGCUGGUAACUUGUUUUCCCGUACUCACUUGCAACCGUUGUUCUUCUUAGGUUGUGAGAAGAAAGCUAUGGCAGGAUGUCUUAGAGGCCUUAAACCUCCCUAUGGAUAAUCCCAGUAUAGUGAAUAACCUUCGCAACCAGUAUUCACGAUACCUGCUCUCUUUUGAAAUGAAACAUACCAAGCAAAACUCCAUUGAUGACAUAAAGAUUAGCCUUUUGGAAAAUUCAGGCAUUCCGCCUCCAAAUGCUACUGUUACAUGUUCGGAGGCAAUUAUACCCACAAACAGUCUUACACAAAGCCAGCGGGAAACUUCCUCCAUUCACGGAUCCUACAACUCAAUGACAAACGAAUCUCCUGUCGGUUUGCCUCCCAGCUACAACGCUAGGGAUAGCUAUGCGGAAUCUAGCUACGAAAAUAGCAGUAAAAGUUUUCCUGACCUUAGAGACAGUUCUCUUAAUUUUCAAAUGAAACAACCGACUCCUCCCAAUUCAUUUGGAGUACCUCCGUAUCCGUACUCUGGGGAUAGGAGACAGAGUUUAUCCAAUCAACCCCAGGCAGGGCUUCCUCCGUACAUGUUGUCGCAACGUAAUAUGUAUCCGGGACCCCCUUCCAUGUCGCCGUACUUUCAACAGUCGACUUCACAAUCAGGGCAUCCAGCGACUAACUAUCCACAUUCGCAGUACCCUCAACGGGCAAGUCCGUCAUUGAUGGGGGCGCUCUCAUCAUCGCAUUCCAUGAUGCCCAGUGCAAGCCCACAGGAUAAGAUGCAUGUUGCAUUGUGGGGCUCCCAGUAUAGCCCUUCAACAGAACCAGAGCACAUUGUUGAUUACCCUCCCGGGGCACACAGUGGGCGAGCUCCUCGUUCAUCAAGCGGUCUUCCGCCCCAGUUCUCCCCAGCACCUCCCUAUGGCUCAUACCCAGGCCGUCAACAAAGCCAAUAUUCCGCCGCCACUCCGCCAUAUCGUCCCAGCCCCUCGCCGUCACCGUCGUCCCGGCAACCAUUGGCGCAGUCACUGCAGGCGUCACAGAAGAUGAAGUAUCCUCACCAACAAGCAACGCAGCAACAGCAGCAGCAGUCACAGCAAGCUGUAAAGAGGGAUAUGCCCUUUCCUAAUGACUGUGUUGAGGCCACAAGGCCUGUCUUUACCAAGAAACGCAAGCUUACGUCUAGAGACUUAGGUAUGUUUGGCAAUUUUUUGUUUGACAAUACUUGAAACAAAAACGAAAUAGAAGAAAGAAAAAUUCUUUUUACACAGAUGAGUCCUUUAAAGGUGCUGUCCAAUGUUAAAAUCCAUCCAAAGCAAUUUAUGUUAACAUGAACGUGUUACCCUGUGUCCACGCGAGUCCGUUAAAGCAUUUUUGAAAAAGAAAGAAAAACAGCCUCCAAACACUUAAAAAUAAUUAACUGUUAACUCUGGCCUAAGGAUUGGUUCUAAUAGGUAGUUUAGCAUACGCAACUUCACGAAAUAAUAGAGGGCUUUUUAAGAUCCGACGGCGGCAACAGCAAUUUCACAUUUUAUGGAGGAUUUUAACAAGCGACAACAAAAUUUUCUUUUCUUUUCUUUUGUCUUCGUAGGAAUUUAAUUCCAGGAGAAUUUGUCUACACUUGAUUAAGUGAGUUGGAAUGAUCGCGAUGAAGAUUAUUUCAACUCAAAUGAAAUGUCAAAUGAAAGUAAAUCUCCCCGGAAUUGAAUUCUUGGGGACCGAACCCAAGUUAAGAAUAAGAAAAAAAAUUCAUUGUGGUGUGUUUACGUUCUCCAUAAAACGUCCCGUGAGAGAAUUUCUCGAAGUAGUCGUGCAAUGAUGGCAAAGAAAUAUACAAAAAAGUGUGUUGUACGUGCAGAGUGGUGAUUUUGCUUAUUAAACGUAUUGCUCUUCUGACUUCCUCGUUGUCGUUGCCGUCGUCGAUGCUGAAGCUCCUAUAACCCCUUAAGCCCCGAUAUCCACAUACAAAUUCUCCAAACUAAUCUCCAUACAUUUUCUUAAAGAGUUGAGAGAAUUUGAUAACAGAUCAAAGCAUUUUCUCUUUAGAGGACAUUUUAUUAACUCUCAUAGCCAUUUCCCUUGGCAACAUAUGGAUAUUUGUUAGGAUAAAAUUGAUGUUUGUCACUAUUGGGACUUAAAGGGUUAACUUCCGAAAACUGCAACGUAGAAGCAACGGGAAUUUAUUCCUUUUCAAAUGUUAUAAUUUUCAGGUCCCGUGGAAGCCUGGCGAGUUAUGAUGUCAUUGAAAUCUGGUUUGUUAUCGGAGGCCACUUGGGCUCUGGAUACACUCAACAUACUCCUGUAUGACGACAAUACCGUAGCGUACUUCAUGUUAUCGCAACUCCCGGGUCUCCUGGAAAACCUGAUUGAUCACUUCCGGCGGUAUCUGACGGAGAUUUUUGGUGCAUUUGACGAGAGCGAGAUCACUGUGGGUGCUAAGGUGUUUGAGCCAUCNCCUUAAGCCCCGAUAUCCACAUACAAAUUCUCCAAACUAAUCUCCAUACAUUUUCUUAAAGAGUUGAGAGAAUUUGAUAACAGAUCAAAGCAUUUUCUCUUUAGAGGACAUUUUAUUAACUCUCAUAGCCAUUUCCCUUGGCAACAUAUGGAUAUUUGUUAGGAUAAAAUUGAUGUUUGUCACUAUUGGGACUUAAAGGGUUAACUUCCGAAAACUGCAACGUAGAAGCAACGGGAAUUUAUUCCUUUUCAAAUGUUAUAAUUUUCAGGUCCCGUGGAAGCCUGGCGAGUUAUGAUGUCAUUGAAAUCUGGUUUGUUAUCGGAGGCCACUUGGGCUCUGGAUACACUCAACAUACUCCUGUAUGACGACAAUACCGUAGCGUACUUCAUGUUAUCGCAACUCCCGGGUCUCCUGGAAAACCUGAUUGAUCACUUCCGGCGGUAUCUGACGGAGAUUUUUGGUGCAUUUGACGAGAGCGAGAUCACUGUGGGUGCUAAGGUGUUUGAGCCAUCUGAGAAGGAGGCAGAUGAGUGCCAGCGAAGCACGGAGGAAGAGGAAGAGAUUGAUAAGAUAAAUCAAAACGCUAAGCGGAGUUUUAGCGCCGUGCUGGUCGGCUCAACGUUUCAGUUUUCCAGGGAAGGAUUUCAGAGCGGUUCAAGUAACUGGCUGAUGGGCGGUGGAGAUACAACUCUUCAUAUACAGACACAUAUGGGUUCUAUGUUGACUGAACAGCAGUGCCAGAGCACUUGUAUGAAAUCCGAUACGGAAUUGCAGUGUUCCGAGGAUUUGAACUGUGGAAAAGUUCUAAGAAUUUAUAGCGAACAAAAACAGCUCUCUAGCAUUGGAGAAAAGAAGUCGGAGGCUUUGUGUAUGGACAUGAAUUGUCCAAGAGACAGAAAGUGUAUGGUGAAUUGUAAAGAACUUAAAAAAGAAUCCUCUUGUCCAGUUUCGGUUAAGGAGGAUUCGGAAUCUAAACCCGAUACUGUCGUUAAAACAGAAGAGGAGCAGAACGAGAACUCUACGGACGAAAACGAUGAUGAAAAGUUUACCGCUAAUUUAAAAAAGGAACUUGAUUUGGACUUGGACUCGGACCCUGAGGAUUCCGAAGCUGACGUAUAUAUUCAAAGAGAAGUUGUGGGUAAAAUGAACGUGAAACAAGAACCAAUAAUUGAAGAACAAUCAUGCGGCAAAGAGGACGCUCCGCUCUGUUUAAGAACUGAGACCCAAGAUGCUGUUUCACGGCGUUGUCUCUGCGUGUCAAACAUUCUUCGAGGACUUUCUUUCGUUCCUUUAAAUGACGCUGAAAUGGCGCGGCACGCGGGUUUGUUAUUGAUCGUGGGUCGUCUGCUGCUGCUCCAUCAUAGACAUGCUAAGCGCGUGGCUUAUCGUCAUUCGUAUCUCCAAGAGGAUAUUGAGCUCGAGUCCCCCAGCGAUGAUCGUCAAGACUGGUGGUGGUAUUGUCUGGAGGGUUUGCGUGAGAACGCGUUGGUAAUCAUAGCCAAUAUAGCGGGCCAGCUCGACUUGUCCCUUUACCCUGAAGCGAUCAGUUUGCCGCUUCUGGAUGGACUGCUGCAUUGGUUCGUGUGCCCUUCCGCUACCGCUGAAGACCCUAUGCCGACAGCAACUCCGGGCACCUCGCUAUCCCCGAGACAACUUGUUCUAGAGGCCCUGGCCAAGAUGAGCAUAUUAGAGGCCAAUGUUGACCUGAUUCUCUCUUCGCCCCCGUUAACACGCGUCGAUGAACUCUAUGGCAUGUUGGUUCGUCUGGUCGGGGAGAGAGGUAAUCCAGUGACGCGAGAAUUUGCCCUUGUUCUUCUGUCUAACCUUGCACAAGGAGAGAAUUCCUUUGUUGGUUUCGGCGACAGCAAAGCGUGCAUUUCCAUGUUGUUAGAAUUUAUCGAGGAUGCGGCCUCUACCUUGAGUGCUUAUUCGGCAGGCAGUGCUCUGGCCCAAGCUGGUUUUCCGUCGGAGAACUUAUGCGGUACAAGUGUGGACAUGUUGCGAAGGGCGGCAUCGACGCUAGUUUGCCUGGCCCGGAUUCGCUCAAAUCGCAAGCUCUUUCUACCCUUCCAACAGCGUAUCCUGCGCCUUGCGAUAAUGAAAGUCUUGGAUAAUAUGAUAACAGGUCAUUUGGCCGAGAUUCUGUUCUAUUUAUCAAGGUGAUCUUCUCAGUGCUCAAUGACGAGGCACAGUUCGCUCUCCUUUAAUUUUGUUCGUAACGGUGGAGGAAUCUCCAAGCAGUUAAUACCAAUUUUGUUCUCCAAGAACAAGUCCGUUUUUUUUGUUUAGGUAUGUAGUUGUGGCCAAGCCAUACAAAUAGAUAAAAGGUGUGUGCACUAAUGUUUAACCACGUUAAUGAACAGUUGUCCUUUCUCGGCGAUGAUUUAUUUUUCAUCAGUUGUAUAGCUUAUCUUCCGGCGACUACCAUACAAAAGAUACUCGGCAUUAUUAUUUUUCUUCGGUUUUUGCGGUGUUUCAGUGUUUGGGCCUGGUUUCAAAGUGUGGGAGUUUUCUGCAACCAUUUCCUGUGUUCCGCAACAUUUUCUCGAGCUCUCUCAUUUAAUCCGCCUUCGACCGAGCUCUCCGUUAAACCGUUAAAAAAUCCUCCGGUACAAAGGAGUGGUUUCAGAAAACUCGCGCUUUAUCUUAACCGUAUCUUGGGGGUGAGAAUCAGAAUAUAAUUAAUUGUCUUUCUAAUACGUAAUCGAGCGUUACUUUUUAAAUAGCAACCAACUUUGCAAAAAAGAA